AUGAGCACAGUGCUAGGAUCUCCCCGGCGACCUUUAUCGCAGACAAACGCACCGGCAAAUGCAGAGCCGACACCCUUCGAAGUCUUCAUUGCCAUCGGCAAUAUUCUGACCUGGCUCCUCGCGGUCUAUGUAAUUUACCUUCACGUCCAAGCGAGAUGGGAUCUCGAGGCCCGUCAUCGUGCCCAAGUCGAAGCAGAGAGACGGGCCUGGAGCGAGGCAGACAGGCAAUGGAGAGACCCGGACCCUGAACAGAUCCGAGGGCAAAAACGGAAAUUGCAGCAGAUCCAGGAAGAGGUCGAUGGAGACCAGGGUUGGGAAGAUGAGAUGUUGGACUGGCACGGUGAGAUCGAGGAGAGGGCGGCAAGGGAGGUUGAGGUUGACAGCGACUCUGAGAUCGAGGAGCGAAUGGAGGUCAUGGAGAUUCCCAGCCGGCAAGAAUUUGAGCGAGAUUAUGGACAGUUGUGGAGAUGGUAA